AUGGCGGAGGAAGCAGAAAGAGCCGUGGGGGAAUUUGGCCCCCCAGUGGCAACUCCCUCAGCGAUCCGACGUCCUGCUAUUGCAGCCAACAAUUUUGAGAUCAAACCAGCCAUGAUCACCAUGCUGCAGAAUUCAUCUGUAUUUUGUGGUCUACCGAAUGAAGAUCCCAACAUCCAUCUUGCGAUAUUUUUGGAGAUUUGUGAUACGUCCAAGUUCAAUGGAGUAACUGACGAUGCGAUUCGUUUAAGGCUUUUCCCCUUCUCCUUGAAAGAUAAAGCCAAGCUUUGGUUACUGUCACAGCCACAAGACUCCAUCCGUACUUGGGAUGAUUUAUCUAAGAAAUUCCUUGCUAAAUUUUUCCCACCAGCCAAAACUGCAAAAUUCCGACAAGAUAUCAUGUCAUUCGCUCAAUAUGAUAAGGAACCUCUAUAUGAAGCCUGGGAACGAUUCAAAGACUUAUUGCGCAAGUGUCCUCACCAUGAGCUACCAACCUGGAUUCAAGUUCAGACCUUCUACAAUGGGUUGAGUCAAACAAGCAGGACACUAGUUGAUGCAGCUGCUGGAGGGGCUUUAAUGGCAAAAACGGCUACCGAAGCAUUUGAAUUAUUGGAGACCAUGGCAUCCAACAACUACCAAUGGCCAAGUGAGAGAAUGAAUCUGAAGCCAGCUGGGGUCUUGGAAGUCGAUGCUAUGGCUUUGCUAACAGCACAAAUUUCUAACCUUACUAAAAAAGUUGAUUCUUUAAGUGUUAAUUCUAUAAACACUAGUACUAAUUUUGGUUGUGAACUUUGUGCAGGCCCUCAUCCAAGUUCAGAGUGUACCACAGGGAACCCAUUUGCGUCUGCUGAGCAAGUCAAUCAGGUUGGAGAAUUGAAUCGACAAAGGAAUAAUCCUUAUUCCAAUACAUACAACCCCGGUUGGCGAAACCAUCCAAAUUUUUCAUGGAGCAAUACUCAGAAUGUGCAAAGACCACCACCUGGCUUUCCGGCUCAAGAGAAGAAAAUAAAUUUGGAAGAUGCUCUUACUCAGUUGACUAUGUCUACCACCCAAUUCAUGACUGAAACAAAAACUCAAUUUCAGAAUCAGCAAGCUUCUAUUCAGAAUUUGGAGGUGCAAGUUGGCCAAUUAGCUAAUGUCAUAAGUGGAAGAAACCAAGGAGUAUUUCCAAGCCAACCUGAAGUUAACCCGAAAAAUCAAGAACAAGCAAAGGCAAUCACUCUUCGCAAAGGGAAGCAAGUAAAUACAGCGAUCGACUUGGAAAAAGAAGCAUUAGAGAAAGAAAAAGAAGCUAAGAAGUUUGCGGCAGAAAUGGGGCAUGCAUUUUCACCACCAAUCACCACCACAGAAAAAUCCCAAGAAGAAGAAAAUUCUAUACCAAUUCCUUCUCUUCAAUUGAAGCCAUAUGUCCCACAAAUCCCUUUUCCACAGAGGUUGAGAAAAAAUAAAGUUGAUGGGCAGUUUGCAAAAUUCUUGGAGAUGUUCAGAAAGUUACAGAUCAACAUUCCUUUUGCUGAAGCUUUGGAACAAAUGCCAAGUUAUGCAAAAUUCAUGAAAGACAUUCUCUCCAAGAAGAGGAAAUUUGGAGAGCACGAGAAAAUCCAACUAACAGAAGAGUGCAGUGCCAUCUUACAACGGAAGCUUCCACCAAAACAAAAAGAUAGAGGGAGUUUUAAAAUUCCAUGCACUAUUGGAAAUAAUUUCUUUGAAAGAGCUUUAUGUGAUUUGGGUUCUAGCAUUAACUUACUACCUUUAUCUGUUGCUAAAAAGAUUGGUAUUGGUGAAAUUAAACCCACUACUGUUUCUUUGCAGAUGGCGGACAGGUCAAUCACAUACCCAGAUGGAAUUAUAGAAGAUGUCCUAGUAAAGGUUGAUACACUCAUAUUUCCGGCGGAUUUUCUGGUUUUGGAUAUGGAAGAAGAUUCUGACACGCAGCUAAUUUUGGGCCGCCCAUUCCUGAUUACUUCACGCACUCUGAUUGACGUAGAAGAAGGCUUACUAACUUUGAGAGUUGGGAAUGAACAAGCGACAUUCAAAGUUUUUGAAGCAAUUAAAUUUCCAAGAGAAGCGGAGGAUUGUUUUCACAUAGAAUUAAUAGAUGAAAUUGCUUCAGACACAUUUAAAAAGGAGAAUCCGAGCCAUCCAUUGGAAUCUACAUUGGUCCAUGCUGCUACCUCCCAAGAUGACAACCCCAUGGUUGCUGAAUAUGCCUUAUAUUUGGAUGCAUCACAACCAUACCAUCCAAGGCAAAGGAAUCAGUUCGAACCACUAGGAGCAGCACCUCCUAAGGCUGCACCUUCUGUAAUUGCUGCACCUACACUCACUCUGAAGCCAUUGCCAACACAUUUGAGGUAUGCUUAUUUGGGAACUUCUGAAACUUUACCAGUUAUUAUUGCUGCAAAUUUGAGUGAAACUGAAGAAGAAAAAGUAUUACGGGUUUUGAGAAAACAUAAAACUGCAAUUGGGUGGACAAUCGCUGACAUCAAGGGUAUUAGCCCUUCUAUGUGUAUGCACCGAAUACUAAUGGAAGAGGAGCAUAAGCCAUCUGUGGAGCAUCAACGCCGAUUGAACCCCAACAUGAAAGAAGUGGUUCGUGCAGAGGUAUUAAAAUUGCUUGAUGCAGGUAUUAUUUACCCUAUAUCUGAUAGUAGUUGGGUAAGUCCUACACAGGUUGUGCCAAAGAAAGGAGGGAUGACUGUUGUAAAAAAUGAAAAUAAUGAGUUAGUCCCAACAAGAACUGUUACAGGAUGGAGAGUCUGCAUAGAUUACAGGAAAUUGAAUUCUGCAACCAGAAAAGAUCACUUCCCACUGCCUUUUAUUGAUCAGAUGCUAGAAAGACUUGCUGGGCAUGCCUAUUACUGUUUCCUAGACGGAUACUCAGGAUAUAAUCAAAUCCCUAUCGCGCCUGAAGACCAAGAAAAAACGACCUUCACAUGUCCAUUUGGCACUUUUGCCUAUCGUCGUAUGCCUUUUGGGUUAUGUAACGCUCCUGCCACUUUUCAGCGUUGCAUGAUAAGCAUUUUCUCUGACAUGGUGGAGCGAUUUAUUGAGGUAUUUAUGGAUGACUUCUCUGUUUUCGGUUCAUCUUUUGAUUCUUGUUUGGAUAAUUUGGCAUUGGUAGGUAUUGAGGUUGACCGUGCAAAAAUUGAGACCAUAGAAAAGCUACCACCCCCUUCUACAGUGAAAGGAAUUCGAAGCUUCUUGGGACAUGCUGGGUUUUAUCGUCGAUUUAUUAAGGAUUUCUCAAAAAUUACAAAGCCUCUUUGCAAGUUGUUAUUGAAGGAUUCUGAAUUCAACUUCGAUUCAGACUGUUUGGAGGCAUUUAAUUUAUUGAAGAAAAAGCUCACCACUGCACCAGUCAUUAUGGCACCUGAUUGGGAAUUACCAUUCGAGAUUAUGUGUGAUGCCAGUGAUUAUGCUAUUGGAGCUGUCUUGGGUCAAAGGAAGAAUAAAUUACUACAUGUAAUUCACUAUGCAAGUCGUACAUUGAAUGAUGCUCAACUGAACUAUGCCACUACGGAAAAGGAAUUGUUAGCAGUGGUAUUUGCAUUGGAUAAAUUUCGUUCUUACCUAUUGGGUGCGAAGGUAAUUGUGUAUACGGAUCAUGCAGCUUUAAAAUUUUUGCUCGCCAAGAAGGAAGCAAAACCAAGACUAAUUCGAUGGGUUUUAUUACUUCAAGAGUUUGAUAUUGAAAUUCGAGAUAAAAAAGGGUCUGAGAAUGUGGUGGCCGACCACCUCUCUCGGCUAGUCCGUGAGGAUGAAGUUAUAGAAGAUGUUGGGCCUAUCCUAGAGACAUUCCCGGAUGAGCAAUUAUUUUCCAUCAACUCUGAGAAAGAAUUCAUCACUCCCUGGUAUGCAGAUUUUGUAAAUUACCUAGCUUGUGGUAUUCUUCCCCCUCAUAUGUCUUUUUAUCAGAAAAAGAAAUUCCUAUCAUUGAUUAAACAUUAUUAUUGGGAUGAUCCUUAUUUGUGGAAGCACGGUCCUGACCAAAUUAUACGAAGAUGUGUACCUGAGACAGAGAUGGCUGACAUAUUAUUGUGUGAUCCUUGCCAACGUACAGGAAAUAUCUCUAGUCGAACCCAAAUGCCCUUGAAUAAUAUUUUGGAGGUGGAAUUGUUUGAUGUUUGGGGUAUUGACUUCAUGGGUCCGUUUCCGGCAUCAUAUGGGAAUUUGUAUAUUUUGGUUGCAGUGGAUUAUGUAUCCAAAUGGGUCGAAGCAACUGCCCUACCCACGAAUGACGCCAAGGUUGUGGUCAGAUUUCUACGAAAGAAUAUUUUUACAAGAUUUGGGGUCCCUCGUGCAAUUAUUAGUGAUGGAGGUACGCAUUUUUGCAAUCGUCAAUUUAAUUCCCUUCUUGCAAAAUAUGGCAUCACCCAUAAAGUGUCUACUCCCUACCAUCCGCAAACUAGUGGGCAAGUUGAAGUUUCGAAUAGGGAAUUGAAGAAAAUCUUGGAAAAGACGGUGAGUGCCUCUAGGAAAGAUUGGUCAUUAAAAUUGGAUGAUGCACUAUGGGCUUAUAGAACGGCGUUCAAAGCGCCAAUUGGGAUGUCACCAUAUAGACUUGUUUUUGGGAAAGCAUGCCACCUUCCGGUGGAAUUGGAGCAUAAAGCGUUUUGGGCUAUUAAAACACUCAAUUUUGACAUGAGUUCAGCAGGGGAGAAGAGGAAGUUACAAUUGAAUGAGCUAGAGGAACUUCGAAAUGAAUCGUAUGAGAAUGCGAAAAUUUACAAGGACCGUACAAAGAAGUGGCAUGACAAGCACAUCUUGAAGAAGGAAUUUUAUGUGGGUCAAAGCGUUCUCCUCUACAACUCACGGUUGAAACUUUUUCCUGGGAAACUUCGCUCUCGUUGGUCUGGGCCAUUCACGGUGUUAACAGUGUAUCCUUAUGGGACGAUUGAAAUCAAGAACGAUCGUGACGGUACAACUUUCAAAGUUAAUGGCCAUCGACUCAAACCUUAUGUGACAGCCGCAUUUCUUGAGGAGGAGAGCACCGUCCUACUCGAUGAUCCCAAGUAAACGCAUCCAA